AUGCGACUUCAUGUUGGGUACAGAUAUGGAUGUGAAAGCGUGGAAGUUCAUUUUGAGUCUGCUGAUAGUGGGUUCUUCUUGAAACAUGCCCGACAGUCUCCAGUUUCCCCUGAAAUUUCUACUAGCCACUCAUCACCAGUACCUCCACUACGAACUCGGGCAAGUUACGAUUCAGUUCUAUCUGUUGAUCGUUUCACAGUAGUUCAAACAACACAGGCUGUAUCGAUACGCGCUAGUUAUGGUCCAUUUUCUACCAAACAAACUGUUCCAGCAAGAUACAUUGUACCAGAUACAAUUGAAAAUCAACAUGACUAUUUAAACAAUACAACUGCGGCAUUAUUGGAACUGCAACAAACUAAUUUGCAUUUGGAUAUAUCUGCACACUUAGUCAGCUCGUAUGUAUCACAAGAUUCUCCAGUGCUACGUGUACUUUUCCAUGCAGGGGCGGAUCCAGGGGGGCAUUUACAACGUCAAAAAAUUUGUGUAUUAUUACACGUAUCUAGCGGAAAUCACGUCCCAAUAAAAGGGAGAUGUAUGCCAGAGGGAGAAGAUGGUGUAUGCGUAGCUGAGGUUGUAAUACCCUUUAAUUGGUUUCAUUCUUUGUCGCCCCUGACAAAUAAAGAUAAUGUGAACAAUACUCCGAUUAAAGUUCCCCAGCGUUUUGUUCAAGUAUCUUAUAGUGUCUUCGAGCCACCAAUAAGAAACCCUGAACAAUGUGAGCCAAAAGUACAGAUUCAGCCAUUGACAUCCUUUGUUCAAGUUCCACUUGUUGCCGCGAUGGAACCAUUUAAAGAAUUUCAAAUAGAUGAAUCUCUUGUUAUUCUUCUGCCGCAACAACCUCUAUAUCCGAUGAGCAAAUUUCAUGUGCCAGUAUAUUUACAAUAUUCGGAAAAAAAUAUUUCCUCAUUUACUGUAAAAGCUCGAGUCAAAUCAGGAAUAAAGAUUUUGGGAGCAACGUCAUCGUCUGAUAUGUGGAAUAUUUCGAUAGAGAGGGAUAAUUCCAAGCAUUCCACUGUAAGAGUAACAGCUGUUAGAAAGAAGCUAGACAGUUAUUUAGAAAACAACGUUACUUUGCAAAUUGUCGAAAAUAGAAUUGACGAAAUAUUUACAUGGCUUCUAGAAGUUGCUGAUGAUACAAAAGAACUAAUUGAUGGUGGAAAAAUCGUGUGGUCUGUUACCUACAUUUACGACAAUCCACGGGAGUCUUCUUUGGAAAUAGCUCCGGAAGACAAUAAAAAGAGAAUAAUUGCAAAGUUAGAAGUAAACAAAGAUGAUAUUCAAGCAGUUUUGCCUAUGGCGAAGAAUUGGGAACUGAUGAAUACAGCUGUUUUGACCGGACGACAAGUGGCACAAGCCAUGAAAGUUUUCAUAGUGUCGCAAGGAGGAAAAGUAGCUGAUGUUACUUUACAAAGUUCAUGUAAUGCGGAAGAUGAAAGUGUAAUUAAGGUAUCGUCUUCGUGUAGUUCGGUAUAUGUCGAUGGUUCUGAAAUACGAGGUUCAUCGAAUGCGACGAUAAUUGUAAAAUAUGGAACAUAUAUUGGAGUAGCAAAAUUCAUUGUGUGGAUGCCAGAGUUUCCACUUGAGGUUUAUAUUAGUGAUUUUCGCCUUUCACAAAUUAAAGGGUGGAAAGUAAUGGAUGAACACCAAUACAUCCAUAAAAAGUCUCGUAGGAAGAAAAGAUCAUUUUUUCACGGACACGAACGGGCGUAUUAUAGUAAUGGUCUUCAAGAAAAGAUGUCGUGUCGAGCUCGAUAUCAACAAAGUCCCGUUGAGGUAUAUGCUAGAUUCGUUGCAGUUGAUCAG